UCAGUGAGUGUACGGUUACUUCUCCGUUUCCUGGCUGAAGCUCUCAUUCAGUAAAGAUGGCAGGAGUGAGAGCCGCUUUAGCCUGUGGAGCUCUCUCGGCGGCUCUCUUCACCUCGGCGGUGUUUGCCUUCGUCGAGGAUCUAGAUGACAAGUUUAAAGACAACAGAAUGGACGAUGUCUGGCUGGUGGAUUUCUAUGCGCCAUGGUGCGGAUACUGCAAGAAGCUGGAGCCCAUCUGGUUCGAGGUGGGAGCGGAGCUAAAGAACUCCGGGUCACCGGUCAGAGUGGGCAAGAUGGACGCCACUGCGUACUCCGGUGUGGCCUCAGAGUUUGGCGUGCGAGGUUACCCCACGAUAAAGCUACUAAAGGGGGAAUUAGCCUAUAAUUACAAGGGCCCCAGGACCAAAGAUGACAUCAUUGAGUUCGCUAACAGAGUGGCUGGGCCCGCGGUGCGCUCCCUCCCCAGCAGACAGAUGUUUGAGCAUGUCCGGAAGAGGCACGACGUGUUGUUUGUGUACGUGGGGGGAGAGUCUCCACUCAAGGAGAAGUACGUAGACGUGGCCUCCGAGCUUAUUGUUUACACCUACUUCUUCUCUGCUUCCGAAGAGGUCCUACCAGAGUCUCUGACUUUGCCUGAAUUGCCCUCAGUCGUUGUCUUCAAGGACGGCACCUACUUCACUUAUGAUGAGUACGAAGACGGCAGCAUAUCUUCAUGGGUGAACAGGGAACGUUUCCAGGGUUACCUGCAGAUCGAUGGCUUCACACUCUACGAGCUGGGCGAGACCGGUAAAUUGGUGGCAAUUGCAGUCAUUGACGAUAAGGAUCCAACAGAGGAAAGCGCGAGGUUAAAGAGUCUCAUACAGAGAGUCUCCAGCGAGUACAGGGACGACUUCAACAGGGAUUUCCAGUUUGGCCAUAUGAACGGCAGUGAUUACAUCAACAGCCUCAUCAUGGGCGAGGUGUCUGUGCCGUCUAUUAUCAUUCUCAACACGUCCAACGAGCAGUACUUCCUGCCCAGUGAGCCGGUGGAGAGUCUGGAGCAGCUGAUCCAUUUCAUCAGGAGCGUCCUGGAUGGCACGGCUCAGGCCUACGGAGGGGACGGAAUAUUCCAGAGGAUCAAGCGCGUGGCCUACGACGCCAGAUCGACCGUCAUGUCUGUGUUCCGCAGUUCUCCGUUGCUGGGCUGCUUCCUCUUCGGCCUGCCGUUAGGAGUCAUCAGCCUGAUGUGCUACGGGAUCUGCACGGCCGAGUCUGACGAUGGCGCGGAGGACAUGGAGCUGAUGAAGAGAGAGGGGCUGACAGAUGAGGAGGAGGAAGAGGAGGAAGAAGAGGAGCGGCGCCGUCAGGCCAAGCUUGAGGGACCUGAAGAGGAGGAGGAGGAGGAGGGAGAUGAGGAGGAGGAGGAAAAGAGCCCAGCGGAGAAAAAGCUGGAUUAAUGCAGGGGAGGUGUGUGGAUGGAUGUGAGCGAAUGGGAAGAUGAAAACAGCGACCGAGACCUUAAACACAUAUCCGGGUUUAUGAUGAUGUUCUUUUCUCUGCUCUCCAGUUUUACUGCUGCGGAGUUUAGCGGGUCUGUUAGACUCGUUUCCUUGUUUGAGUGAUUCUUCUUCUUUCGUUUUUUUCUAUUUAUGGGAAUUAGGAUGUGAAAUAUCUUUAAAAAAUCUUUAAAAGUGGUCCUGAGCCGCUGCUCAGUUUAAAAGGUUUUCUCGAGGGGAUGUGGAUGGACGGAUGGGGUGGGAGAGGAAAUCAAGCCAAAUAUUUGGAUUAAGUGACUUUAAAUCUUAAGGGCCAUCUUUCAUAGGUCAUCCUGUUUUGCUACCUGUUUAUAGCAGUAAGACCCAUUGUAGUUCACCCCCCCAGUACACUGUGCACCUUUCUCCUGUCUUCCUUAGUGCUCUUCGAAAUGAUAUCCCUCCUCGUGGGUAACGGCUUUUAGGCUUUCGGAAUUUAUCAGAUUUUUGUUGCCAAGUUUAACUGGAUUUUGUUUUUCCUGUUGGAAUAUAAAAUACACUGGUGCACUGGCAGCCUCUGACACGGCCUGUAUUUUUCGAUGCUGAACCCCACCCACAUCUUUUAAAUCAGUCACUCUCAACUACUGUAAUCAGAUGGAGAACCACUUGAACCUCACAUUCAAGCUUCAGUCCACGGCUGAUUAGCUUCAGUCUCCAGCCAGUAGUUCAGCCUGGACUCCAGGCACUGCCUCACGCAAACCAGUCAUCCCAUUUAACCCUUUCAGCAAAACAGAAUUGGAAAUCUGGAGCCGGAUUCACAAAAACUUGACGAAAAACUUGCGAAGCUUCUUAAGAUAAACGUUAAGAAGUUUAUGCAAAUGUUCUUAAAUGCAAUUCUCAAAAAAAAAAUUUAUUUCUCAAAUAUUGUCUUAAGAUAAUCUGUUGCAAUUUACAGCUCACCAUCAACAACAUGAGAUACAUUUGUUUUAACUGUCUGUGCUUAAAAACUAUCAAGAUUAAAACCUAAUGGUUUUGAUUUCUGAUGGAAAUUGGCUCAAUGGUUUCCAGUUGGCAAGGCAAGGUUAUUUAUAUAGCACCUUUCGUAAACUGCUGUCAUUCAAAGUGCUUUACAGAGUCGUUUUUAAAAAAGUAAACGCAAACAGAAAAACAAUUAAAAACAACAUUAAAAUCGUAAUGUAAACAUGAUUAAAGAAUCAUUAAAUUAAAAAUCUAAUUAGAAAUUAAAUUAGGAUAGUUAAAUACAUUAAAAACUAAAAGCUAGAUUAGAGACCACUGUUUUGCUGUAGAACCUUUAGAUCCCAUUUGGAAACCAUCAAAUGUGUUUAGAAUCAGCCACUGGUCACCUGUUAAACCAUUAGGAUCCUUUAUACUGUGAAAUUAAUGCAUCAAA